AUGCGUGAAGUGAAGUUUGGAAACAGCACCGGAGAUUUGUUUCACUUUGUAGAAUUUUGGUCCGGGGAAAAGUUUACUCUGCUAUCUGUACUGGAUUCCUUCGCCGCAAUGCCGUCGACCCGUGGAUAA